AUGGAACCCUACAGAGCACCUGCACCACCAACAGCCAACAAUCCGUGGAUCUACGUCGGACCCGCCUCUUCCAUCCUCGACAUCUCAUCCACCCCAGACAGCAAAACCACCAAACUGUCCACCACCAAACCCGCCUCGGAUUCCUCCACCGACAUCUUCGCCUCGCCCGAAAUCACGACACCGUGCAAAAUCCUCCAAUUGGCCUCCUCUCCGGGCUCUGCAGAAGCUCAAGAGCUCACACCCGACGCCGCACAAAACACGAUUGGAUUUCAGCCUCAAAUUUUAGUCUUUCGAUAUCGCGGAAAGUUGCAUGCGAUUGAUCAUUCGUGUCCACAUCGCAAUUUUCCCUUGAGUCGCGGCAGUGUCUACGAUAUUGAAGAUUUUGGCGUCGUGCUGAGUUCGGGCAUCGAGUGUCCCAAGCAUGGUUGGAGUUUUGAUUUACACACGGGGAAGAGUGAUCGGGGUGGGUAUCAGUUGAAGAUUUGGGAGGUGGAGACGAGGAGUGGAGAGAAUGGAUUUGGGGAGGUGGAAGAGGAGGUAUGGGUCAGGAGGAAGGAGAAAAAGAGGAUUGGAUGAGUACCUACAUUUAGGUACCGUAGUGUGGAAUAGCUGGAGGACAUGCACUAUUGCUCUUACCAGAAACGGGCUGCUAAAGAGGACUAACACUCAGGCGUGGUGAUAUACAGCGGUCAAGUAUGGAUGGUGCAGUUCUGUUACUGGGAUCUACGCCAGCCUUGGCUGCUCUUCACUUCCUUAGUUUGGGGGUGUUGAGGUACUCGUU